AUGGAUACAACUACUGAUUCUAACGCCGUUCGCACACCAACCGGUGCCGAUGGCCCUCCAGUGAUGAGAAUUCGCCGUCCCAGGCCUGCAGAUCCUCUGGUACGGCCGAAGAAGAAACCUCCUCCCAAACCUGUUACUGGGCAACCUGCAAAAGCGCCAACAAAUGGAGUGGCAGCUCCCAGGCCACCACCAGCUGCACCAGCUGCACCAGCUGCGUCCAAGACUCUGCCUGGGUCCCAGUCGGAUAGAAUCCAGCCUAUUCCUGGACGAGACGACGUGACUGUGAAUGGAUUUAGUGGUCCGCUGCUUUCCCAAACUUACGUCGACUAUCCCUUAGUUACUACAAAACGGGCAUGGCGGGAAGGACUGAAGCACCAUGUCGCCAAGUUUGCCUCCAAAAAGAACAUCGAUCCGCGCGAUGAGUCUCAGUUUACACGACCCGUUCGACUUCAGCGUCGCGAUCCCAGAGCCAAGCCAGGUAGCAUCAAAGCGGAGAACGCCAAUAAAGUACCGACGGAAGGUGGUAACGGACUAGAUGACGCCGAACGCGAAGAACUCGAGGCCAGAAAGGCUGCUCGAGAGAAGGAGCGUGAAGAGAACCUUGCGCAGAUCGCGCCAUCAGUUGCAACGACGCAAAAGCGGACCAAUGUGCCCAAGCAGAAAACCCAGUAUGUUCCUAAAGCGGACAUGACCCCGGAGGAAAUUGCGAAGGCACGGAUCAAGUAUGAAGAAGCCUUGCCGUGGCACCUCGAGGACUUUGAUAAUAAAAAUACGUGGGUGGGGAAUUAUGAAGCGGCUCUAUCGGAGACGUAUGCGAUGUUCGUUCUUGAGGAUACGGGCAAAAUGAGGAUGGUCCCCAUUGAUAAGUGGUAUCGGUUCAACGCGAAGAACCCGUUCAAAACGUUGACUAUCGAGGAAGCCGAAAAGUUCAUGGCUAAGAAGAUCAAAGACCCGAGAUGGUUUAUGGAAAAGCAGCAGGAGAUGAUGCAGCAGAAAGAACUGGAGGCUUACGCAAAGCAACGAAAAGUGUAUCGGGGCAAAGCCGCCGCUCCAACCCUCGGCGAAACAUUGGAAGCCGAUGAGAUGGAUUUUGAGGAAGAUCGAUUUGCCGACGAUGAAGAAGUCGACAAUAGUCUCUUCGAGGAGGACGAGGAGGCGAAGGCGGCUGAAAAGAGAAUCAAACAAGACCAGCUCAAAGCUAACGUUUUCAAUCUGAAAGAUGAGAGAGAUUACGAGGAGGAGGAAGAGAGAGAGAGGAGAGAAAGAGAAGCUCGCAGGAUUCUGGGCAGAAAGGUCCGGAAAGCCCUUCAAAGGCGAGAGAAGAACUACGACUAUAGCAGUGGUUCGGACGUCAAUCCAUACUCGGAUGAUGAGAGUUCUGAUGAUAGUGAGGACGAAGGGAUGCGAGAAGAAGAACGGAAGGCGGAAGAAGACAAAGCGCUCAAAGAGAAGGGCAAAGAAUCGGGCACUUCUACUAAAGGGACGAGUACGCCAUCCGGCCGUACAAAGCACACAGAUGCCUUGAAAAAGGCCACCAACGCGGCGGCCCGCAAGCGAACAGGCUCUCCAAAUCUCUCAGAUGCCAGUGGAACAGAUUCCUCGCGAAAGAAGCCGAAACAUGUUUCGUCCUCUCAGCCGACAGCCCAGCCAGGUUCCCGUCCAAUGUCACCCUCUCCGUCAUCUGCGUUGCCGGUUGGUAAGAAACGUAUCCGGAACGUCGGCCCCGGUGGUGCUGGUUCUGGCAGCGAUGUCGACGGUGGCGCUGGUUCCGGUGGUGAUAUGAGCGAUGGUGGAAAGACCAAGAAGCUCAAGCUUAACCAGCCAUUGUCGUCUUCACAGAAUGGCACUCCCCAAGGGUCACGGUCAGGGAGCCCAGCGCCUAAUGCAGGAACUUCGGAAGGUGGUCCUUCUGCAAAAGGUCCUGCCAAGGGCUCAACUCCUCGAUCUGCGGCUCAGCAAGGCUUUCCUACCCCCGCGGAAAUACACGCCGCAAUUCCUCCUUCCGGUAUUCUUAGUAGAGAUCUGCUGAAGAUCUUCCAUCCGCGUAUUGGUGAUUCCAAAGAAAACCACCGCAAAUUUAUCGCAAUUGUUAAGGAAGUCGGGGUCUACGGAAAAGAGGACAGGUUAUUGCGGCCUGGUGUUUUGAAAGACACCCAGCAGUGA